AUGAGGGUAACGCCCAAUUUAAAUCGAGGCUUCGUAGGCCGCAGUCUCGAUGAGUUCAAAAAACAAGCUGCAUUCGCACUCAGCGGCGAAGCCGUCAAACGCGCAACAAAACCCUACAUCCUCCACACCUUCCACGAACCCUCCUCAAUUGCCGCCUGCAAAGUAAUGUCGGACAAAGACAUCGGCGGCUUUUCCGCCUCCCACCUCGACUACAUCCCACCCGUCACAACCGCCUCCUCCCCAUCCCAGAACCCACACGGCCACGCCAAGUUCCACGGCAACAUCUCCAUCGAACUCCCCAAAGACCGACCAGACGUCCAGCGCACCGGCUUCGCCGCCUGGCGCACCCACGACCGUCCGCCCACCAUCUUCGGCAAAUCCCUCUGGAACGUCGACGUCUACGCUUUCCUCGCCCUGCGCAUCAAGAGCGACGGCCGCAAGUACUUUGUGAAUCUGCAGACGGAGUCGAUCGUGCCUACGGAUAUCCACCAACAUCGCCUGUAUGCGAGGAGGCCCGGGGAGUGGGAGACGGUGCUGAUUAAAUGGGGGGAGUUUGUGCGCACGAAUCAUGGGAUGGUGGUGGAGCCGCAGCGGGAGAUUAUGAAGCAGAAACUGAGGACGGUGGGGAUUGGCCUUAUUGAUCGCGUGCCGGGACCGUUUGAGCUGUGUGUCGAGAGGAUCUGGGCGACUAAUGAGAUGGGGGUGGAGGAUAUUAGGGAGGAUGAGAGGGGGGAGGAGGGGAUGUUGAAGGAUAGUCAUGGGAGGAGGAUUAAGUGGGGGGAUAAGGGGGAGAAAUAG